AUGGCGGAUGCCACAUGGCACCCUGACUUCUUUGAGGAACAGACUGACCUGCUCUCCAGGCUCAACAAAAUAUUUGAUUAUUUCUGGCAGAAGCUAGAGGACAGAAUGCAUCAGUCCGACCCAGUGCAGCCGCAGGUACACCCACCUCCACAGCCGAUUGAGCCCCCGCAGCGAAUAUUUGUGGCCCUGACAGGGACGAAGGCCACAAAAUGGCGGCGAGGCGGGAGGCUCCCAUCCCUACGACAGCAGGAGGCAUGCAGGCGGAAACCCCCCUAA